AAUUAACUGAGCACCUGUGGCAGUGCGAUUUGUAGUUGUAGAGAAAAGCCACACAUGUGUAUCAGUAAAUUUGAAGUCACAGAGUGAAAUGUUUUAAGAGUUGCAAACCUGUAGCCUUUUUUUCUCUCCCACAAACACAACACAACAGUUACACCUUCUCAAAUUCUUCAUUGCAGGUGCACAAAUCCUAUUCUACAAAUCACACAUUUAGAAACUCGUACGCUCACAUUUUUGAAACAAUUGCUGCAGUGAAUGUGGUGCAAAACGCAUUUACACACCCGCAUCAAGAAAUGUGCAGUCGUGGAGAAAUGUUGAACAUCCGCAAAUCAGUACGUGAAUUCAUCAAAUGAGAGUUGCACACUUGUAGAAUAUUUUCUCAGAAUGUCUUGUAUAUUUUUCUAACACAAACACAAAGUACAUAACUACAGCUUCUUGAAUCUGCUGCGAUGAAGCUCAAACACUGUUUUUUCGCUUUCAAGCGACAAGUUUCGCGCUCUCCCUUUUGCACCGAGAUAUUUGGUUCAAAAGUGAUUUGUGCAUCUGUAGAGGUAGUGGGCGGGACUGUUUAGAGAUUACAGAAUUUCAGCCAAUCAGAAGAGCUUACUGAGCCGGUAGAUAUACGCCCCAAGCAGUUUUACGCCCCUGUUGUUCCUCAUGCGUCCAGUAGGGGGAGGCAGUAUAUUAGUAUAUGAGCCCAGUCAUUUAUAAGAACAGCAGACCAUAUCUAUAUGUAUGAUAGCAGCAGACCUUCUUGAAGCGAUACGGAUGAGUGUUCCAUCAAUAUUGUUCAUUGAAGAUCAGGAGCGAAUUGAUGUUAUCUACACUCAGAUGACUUCAAUUUUGGAUGGCACACCUACACACACCCACAGUGACCAGAUCAGAUUCAUUAUGGAUGUCCCUUUUCCAGAGUCCAUCAUCUGUGCUCUUGCUGUUGUGAAAGAUGUGUCCAUCUUGGAGGCUGAGGAGAAAUUCCUUCGAGGACCUGUCAUUGACGCAAGUGAGUGGGAUCACUUUGACCGCAGGAUAAAGAAACAAUUAAAGAAGAGUGGCAAACCAUAGGAGAGUCAUCUACAGGAGUCAUGCUGUUAAGAAAUAACCAAGUCAUGGUGUUAAUAAAUUUUUUUUGUGAACAACAAUAUUGUCUUUCUUUUAAAUGACCCUUGGAACUUUAGAAAAUUGUUAAAUUUUGUUGGUCUUCAUAAAAUGCUAUGUAGAACAUGUUCUGUUGCUGUAUAACGAGCAAUUGUGAAUUGUAAAGCAAAUAUUUCAUUUAGGAUC